CGCACAAUGACGACACUGUAGAAGGCCAAAAAUCUCUUUUCGACCCUUGUUUAUCACGAUCAAUUUACAGUAUGGGGCGUCACCAGGAGAACCCAGUGCGGCUGUAUUUUCACUAUGACCCCAUCGCUAACAAGUCCCGUUGCCAAAUCGACGGAUGCACUGGCGAGAUUGCAGGAAACCAUGCUGGCAAUUUACAGCGGCACGUCCAGAGGAUCCACCCGUCUGCUUUUGCAAGACUGCUCUCCUCCAUAGACAUGGAAGAUCUUUCAGUGCCGUCCUCUUCUUCAGCAAAGAGACCCUUUUCAGCAGUGGAUAGUGAACGGACGAUAGACUGUAUACAAGACACUGAAGUCGUCAAGAAACCUAGAAGUGAACAGUUCUACAUCACACCCAAUUCCCUAAUGGAGGCCUGUGUUGAGCUUGUUACUGUUAAUGGCAGGCCAUUCUCUCUGAUGGAUGAUAGUGGGUUUCGAAAAAUUCUGGAGCCUGUGCUUGAUAUAAUGGGCAAAUCUGUCCGAAUUGACAGCAGCAGCGUCCGUGACAUGGUUUGUGACGUUGCCGAAAGAGAACGCGAAAAUCUCAGAAACUGGCUGAAGGGAAAACUUUUAAUGCUGAAAGUAGACGCUGCCACAUACAGAGACAGGUCUGUCCUUGGCAUCCACGUCCAGUUUACUGAGGGAGAUCACAUUGUGCUCCGAACUCUGGCGGUCAAGGAGCUGCGUGAAAGGCACACGGGCAGCUACAUUUCUUCAGUGGUGCGUGAAGUGUUAAAGACCUACGGCAUUGAUGUAAAGCAGUUGUACUCCAUCACUGUUGACGAUGGAGUAACAAUCCCAGAAGUGGUGUCACUACUUCAGAACGGGUACGCUGAAUGCAGUGGAGACGAUUCAGUGGAGGUGGAAGACCAGCAUGACAAAGAGGAGCAUGCUACAGAAGUGAACGACCCAUUAGCAUGGGGCAACGGAGACGGUCUUCUCACCUUGGACAUCUACGAGACGUCCGGGAACGUGACGGGGGAAAUUCAUAGCGUCGGCAGCGGGGGUCCGAUCUUGAGGGGCGUGAGGUGCUCUGCUCACGUGUUCCACUUGGCGGUGGAUGAUGCGCUACAGGACAGAAGCGUCUCCAGCCUCGUUUCCAAGGCGAGGCGCCUGAGCGAAAAGCUGCAAACGCCCAAUGUCUCCGUGUUUCUGCGGAGGCUGGGCCAGAGGACGGCGACUGUGGACCGCCCCUCCGCUUGGCUUUCCACCCACGACAUGCUCGAGCGGCUCUGUGAGCUGAAGACCUUCUGUCAGGACAUGGCCCCCAGCAUCGAGGAGCUGCACUUGGAAGGGUCAGAGUGGGAGGAGAUGGUGCUGCUGGUUUACGCUCUCAAACCCGCCAAAGUGACCGCGAGGCUCUUCCAGUGCGAGCAGCUGACCGCGGGGGACUUCUUCGGCGCGUGGCUCAAAUGUAAGAUCGAAACGGACAAAAUCGGCGGCCCGUUCGCCACGCUGCUGGUCGAAUGCUUAAACCGGCGCCAGCACAUGCUGUUUGAGAACGAGCCCUUCUUGGCGGCCGUGUUCCUCGACCCGCGGUACAAGGUGCUCCUCACAGAAGGCCAGACGGAGCAGGCCAAGAGCCGCCUGUGCAAGGCGUGGGGAAUGAUCCAGGCCCUCUCGCAAAACAAGCAGCAGUCUCCUCUGUCAAAGCUGGACCUGGAGUGCAGCGCGAGUGAUGCCGACGAUGAAAUCGAAGAGAUGCUGAGAGCGAGGGAGAGGGAAAAUGGCGACGAGGGCACGAAAUGCAAAACCUUGAUGAUGUCCAUGCUGAACGCGUAUUCCAGCGAAGCCAGGCUAAAGCGGGAAGAGAAUAUAUUCAGAGAGAUGGCGGAGUGCACGACUCUAGACAGCCUACUGGAAAUGGGCUUCGAACGAAACAGAGCGGAGAAGGCUCUGGCAAACACUGGGAACCAGGGUAUAGAGAGAGCCAUGGACUGGCUGAUGGAACAUGAGAAUGACCCAGAUAUUGAUGAGCCAUAUGUGCCUCCAGUAGGGAAUGUUCUAGGAGGUGAGAGCGAACAGGGUCCACCUGAAGAAAGCCCAGAACAAACCACAGGAGAAGAGGGAGAAAUGAAACAGGACGGUAAGAGACCAAUGACAGAGGAGGAGAAACAGGCGCAGAUUAAGAGGCUGGAAGAACUGAUGAAGAUAAAGCAGGAGGAGCGGAGAGAGAGGGAGCGUCAGGAGGAGGUGGAGAGGGAGAAGCAGAGGCGGAAGCAGGGUCAGGAGCUGCUGCAGGUCCGGCAGAAGCUGCAAGACGAGGAAAUGAAGAAGCUGGCCGAUCAGCGCAGGAAGGAGAAGAUGGAGGACCGGAUGGCCAAGCAACGGGUUCGAGAGAAGAUUGCCCGGGACAGAGAGGAGAGGGCACAGAAGUUUGGAGGUGGCUCUUCGGGGGCAGUUCCGUCCUCACCCCCUGCUGAAGCUGUCCCCUCUUCUCCUCCUGGCAAUCAGGGACCCCCACCGGCUAAGAAGGACUACGAUGAAUGCCGGAUACAGGUGCGCCUGCUGGACGGUUCCGCGCUAACGGCUGUGUUCAAAGCCCAGGAGCCCCUGGCCGCGGUGCGGGUGUACGUGCAGAUGAACGGGGUGGAAGGACAGGACUUCACCCUGCUCUCACCUUACCCACGCCGCGUCUACACCGACUUGGACAUGGAAAAACCCCUGCGGGAACUGGGUCUGGUGCCAUCUGCUGUCCUCGUUGUUGCCAAGAAAUGAGAUGGACAGAAAAAAGAAACUCUGAGCUCUCCCUCGCCCUUCUAGGAUGCGGGUGUACUGGCUCUCCAGAGAGUGUGAGAAAGAGAGCGCGACACAAUGAACUGAAGGCAUUUUCAUUUGGAUAAAUCCUUUCUAGUGGAACUGCACCUAUCUUGAUCGAUGCCAAUUAUUAAAACACAUUGAUUAUUUCAUGGAAUGUCAUUCACCAAUCCAUAAGGCAGUAGAACAAUGUGGUUUAUUUCACAUUUCUCAGGCUCGGCCAGCGUAUGCUACGGCAGCUGAUUUGAUAUGACAUUGGCUACAGUCACAUUUUGUCUGGACAAAAUGAAACAUUUAAUGAGCGAAAACUGUUAUUGUAUUUAAACAGUAGUACUUGCUUUGAAAUGACUUGGUGAAUAACAGUCCUGUGAAGUCUGCUGCCGCUUAAGAUUUGACAGUGUGGGAAAUGCAGACGUCCUCUUGGGAAAACGAGGGAGGAAGAUGGAGCAGUCGUGUGGAAAAACAAGCGAGAGAGGCUGAGAAAAUAACACAGAAUUCAUAUUAGGUUUUGUUUAUUUGCUCUGUUGAAUAUUAAAAACUGUUCCAAUAAUGCCGAGUCCCUAGACAGCCCCUUCAUGCACACGCUAUCCAGCCAGGCCCAGGACAAUCAUCUUAUUAAGACUGUGGCCUGGAGGGGGCCAUGCAUUUAUUAUGAACCUAGACAUAAAUGAAAAUACUCAUUGGAGUCCCUUCGAAGAAGCACAUCCAGCUGGCAGUUCAUUUCCUGUGCUCUUUAUUCGUACAACACGGAUUUGACACUGGUGGGGGUGCAGUUGUGCACUUUUGCUUGCAUUGGCCUUACUUCAGGUGUGAAGGGGAGGGUGGAGGUGACCUACAUGUCAUUAUCAGGGCAUCUGGAGUGGGGUGCCGUGUCUCCCUCCAUUUUCUCCCUCCCCCCUUUCCUGGUCUGCCAUUCCCAUGAUCCCCCUCUAUUCCAGACCUGACCCAGAUAUGGAGGACAUGAUUGCUUAUACACAUUCAAACAGAUGUUCUUAAUCUUUGUACUAGACUUCAUUUAGAGCUCACCUCCUGUAAAAUGAAUGGUAUUCACAGCAAUGUGCUUGCGUUUCCGUCUGGCUAUGGGACAUAUAGCUGGAUGCUAAUUACCUGACAUAUCUUCACUUCCCCAUUUCUUGCAGGUAGUCUUAUUCUACCUAUAGUUCUUAAAUAAAAAUACAAACAAAAUCACAAGAAACACUUCUGUCCGCCACACAGUAAACAAGAAGGUGAUGUCUGAGCUUCAGGAUAAGUAGGACAAAUAUUGGUACGUGGGCAAUGUAAAAAUGCAUGUAAUGUAAUGGAAUGACACACCCCACUGAGUUCUCCAGAUGGCUGGUCAGAAGGAAUAGCUUAAGAACAUGGCACACUGACUUUUUAUGCCGUGUAGUCUGCAGAGAUAUUUUUUAGCAUCAUACUGUGCAGGUACUUACAUUGUGCGUGUCUGACUUCAGAGCAAAUAUUUUAUUGAGGGAAACUUGAAUAAUGAGCAUAUAUACUAAUACUAGAGGAGCAGUGAUUGUUGUGUGGUGUGGUUAUGCUGCAUUGUACAUGGUUUCAUCAAAACGUGAAAAGUAACAAUCAAAAUUUAUCAGUGAGACUUAAUUGCAUCACACAAUGUGCUUUUUGAAUUUAUAGAAAAAUUCCAUAUCUUGCAAGUAUGAGACCAUAAUAAAAAUCUGCCUGAA